AAUAUAAAUAUUUGUUUUCUUUACCGUCAUCACAUUCAAUUUCUUUAGAAUCGGCAGCUGCUGAAUUUAAAUUUUUCAUUAAACAAGUUGCUUCGGUGACGCUUAAUUAUCGUACUUACGCUUCUCAGCAGGAAUCUUCCUCGAAUUAG